CUUUGAGCUCUCCUUGAUUUUCUGGAGAAUGCAGAAGGUAUACAAUAUUAACUUCACGGCAUCGUCUCAGAAUGUAACUUUAAGGGUUAACUUCACGACAUCGUGUCAUUGGAAUGUAACUUUCAGGGUUAACUUCACGACAUUGUCUCAUUGGAAUGUAAUUUUAAGGGUUAACUUCACGACAUUGUCUCAUUGGAAGCUAACUUUAAGGGGUCGUUUCACGACAUCGUUUCUUCACCUUUCUAGCUGUUAUGCUCUAUUGAUUGAGUAAACACUAUUUCUAGUUUAUUAUCGGAACGAACUUUUCCACACAAAGAAACACGUAUUAAUUCAAUUUUCCUUCUUCGAUCCUGAAGGAGUCUUUCAUAGCCUCCAGUGUGUUUGCCUUUGCUCUCCUCGGUGGUCAAAAGCAAAUUUUGGGAUGUCCCGGGAAGAGACAACUCAAAGAGAAUGCAAAGUAAGAAAAUAACAUUGGUAAGAUGGCAGGAACAAAUGGAUGUACAAUUAUAGAGUCCUGUUCGAGCUGCGCUUUGACAAUGUCAAACUAAGUUAAUGCAGUAAAUUCAUAGAGGAUCUAACAAAAUAAACAUGUUAUUUUAAAAAAAAUGAACUUACAGUAAUUACCAGAGGUUGGCCAUCCAAAUGGUGGAAGAGUGCUGGAACUCAGACCGUGACAAGACCAUCCAACUACUGACCACGAAGAAUCCGCUGUGGGGGAAUGUGAAGUGCUGGUACCUCGCCCUGCGCUCCAAGAACAAGUACUUCCUGGCACAGAAGGCGUGCAUGCAGAUCAGGAAAGAUCUCUGGAAACCUGUCCAGUGGCAUAUUCUAGCCAAGGUUAGAGUUUUUUCACCUGCUUAUAUAUAUAUAUAUAUAUACACAUAUAUAUAUAUAUAUCUAAACACACACACACAAUACUAGUACAUAAGGUCACACUAUGUGAGACCGUGUGUAAGACAUGUGUAGUUUGAUCCAUCAUGCAGGACCAGUGUGUCAACUCUUUACUCCUUUAUAAAACUUUAAGAUACAAACGCGCAACAGUUUUCCAGCAGUUCGUUUGAUUUGCCUUCGAAGUGCUCUUUGAGGAAAAGUUGAAAUUCUAAAUCUCGAGAUGGAAAUAAGAUAGAGAGCUAAAAUUAUAUGUUUACUUAACAAAGUAUAGAGCAGCACAGAGUGUAUAGAAAAGAACAAAGUGUUUAGAAAAGAACAGAUUCUAUAUAAAAGAACAGAGUGUAUAGAGCUGAACAUUGUGUAUAAAGCAGCACAGUGUAUAGAGCAUAACUUGUGUAUAGAGCUGAACAGUGUGUAUAGAGCAUAACUUGUGUAUAGAGCUGCACAGUGUAUAGAACAGAACAGUGUAUAUAGAGCAUACAAUUGUGUAUAGAACAUAACAGUGUGUAUAGAAAAGAAAAGUGUGCAUAGAACAGAGCAUUGUAUAUAGAGCAGCACAGUGUAUAGAGCAGAGCAGAGUGCAUAGAGCAUAACAGUGUGUAACAAUUUCAUCUCGCAAGAGCCAACGUUUUGUCAAUUUUCGCAUCUCAUAAAUAUUAACUGCCACAACUUGUUCUCGAAUUCCCACCCCUUCGACAGCUUCGCUCCUCCGCAGACGCGUAUUCUUUCUGUUCCCAAGACACGCACAAAAACAUACGGUAAACGAUCUUUCUUUUUUUGUGCCACCAAACAAUGGACCAUCCAGGCCUUCAAAACUGCACUCAAAACACAUCUCUUUAAACUCUACUAUCCUGACUGAUUCCCCCUCUGACCGAUAAACGAUGCUGCUGGUCUGCCGUCCAUGGCUGGACAUGUGAAUAGUUCUGAAAUGGGUGGAGGGAAUAUACAUUUGUUUUGUUUUUAUACAGCUGUUUUUUUUAUAUUUCAUUGAUGUAUGCCUUAUUUUUAAGUUCAUAAUUAUGUUUUUUAAAUUGUAUUCACAGCGUGGCGAGCACAGCCCUAGCCUGGGGUACCGCGCUAUAUAAAAAACACUUAAUGAACUCAAAUUGCAUACGUUUAGAUUAUGCACACACAUACACACACAAACACACACACACACACGCGCGCACACACCCCAUACACACACAUGAAAACCAUUCAAAUUCACAACUAAGACACACACAUUCGCAAAAGAAAAAGGUACACACAAAAAAAAACCCCAAAAAAAACAAAAAAACCACAAACAAACAAACCACCUGCACACAGACACCCACAGGUGGACUGCCUCGUUUGAUUGUUUGAGCCGUAAAAUUAUGAUUCUGUUUUCGUAUUAAAAAAUGAUUCAACCAAUUUUUACAUGUUUUACUGUAUUUUCUCAUUUUUUUGACAUUUUAGAGACCCUCAAGUAUCUUGAAAAGUGUUAAAAUUAUAUAUUAUGUCUUGUAGCUAAAGAACUGGAUGUUUGAUCGGCAAAGAAUACUUGAAAACAAUGACACUUCAACAUUGUGAGUAGCUGGGUCGUCUCUGUAACUGUAGAUAAACUUUAGCGUUGUAAGCAAAUAUUGUUAAGAAUACUACCAAUUAAUAUAGGAUUAAAUUUCUCUCUCUCUCUCUCUCUCUCUCUCUCUCUCUCUCUCUAUCCCAGUCUCUUUCAAAGAUCCUAUCCAUCCCCUCACUCUAACUCUCUCCCCUUCCCCCCCUCUCUAACUCUCACACUAUCGAAAUACCUCUCUCUAUCUCUCCCAAUCUUUCUAAGUAUCCCCUCUCUCUAUGAACAUCUCUGUCUCUAUUAUCUUCUCUUUCAACCUUCAGACUAUGUACCCCCCCCCCCCCAAACCCAAUUUUUCCUCCUAUACCAGCGGGGAGGAUGUCAAGGGGGGUUAAAAAUCUACCCCCCUUGGGGGGGAAGGGGUUUUCUGGGCGGGGGGUGAGCUUGGGGGGGACCGGGGGGGGGGGGAGGGGCGUUGUGGNCCUCCUUAGAUGUGAAUGAGUUAUCUUGCCGUGGUGUUAGCUUGCGGAGGACCGGGGGGGGGGGGGGGGCGUUGUGGAGGAAAGUCAAGACAUACAUUUCAAUGGUUUCGUCAGUUACUAUUUCCACUUUUUCUUGCACCUGUGUCAGCACCAGUAUUUGAGACAAGAAGAAAUUGUUAACACUUGAAUCAAGGAGAGAAAUAUAGUUUGUAUUUUUAAACACAAUUUUAUUUUGUCUGUAUAGAAUGCAAUGAAAUAAAAUCUUCUUUUACCACAAAAGACAAAAUCUUCCGCCCCAUGCAGAGGAUCACUGAGUCUGAGUCUUUAUAACAAUGAAACAUAAAAAAUAUUCACGCACAAUGCCCAGGACUAUCAAUAAUCUAAAUCCAUUGUUUCCUUCCAGUUGGCGUUCCUUUGUUUCCUGGUCUUCUACAGCUAUUACCUCUUAGUGGAACUGGACGGCCACCUGUCCUCCUGGGACUUCUUGGUGAUCGCUUGGUGGGGGACAUUCCUAGGGGAGGAAAUACGGCAGGUAAAACAUUGAUAACACCAAUCUUAUUUCGCAUAAGUUGAAUGAUUGACGCCUUUCAUAUUACACUAACAGCCAAGCAUUUCGUAUUACACUAACAACAGAUCAUUUCAUAUUACCACUAACUUUACAAUCAUUUCAUAUUACACUAACUUUACAAUAAUUUCAUAUUAGACUAACAAUCAAUCAUUUCAUAUUACACUAACAACCGAUAUACACUGCCAUAUACCAACGAAAAGAAGACCUGCAAAUUUGUCAUCAAGGCCCCAUGGACCUGACCUACUUUUGAUUCGAAUCAUAAGCAGGACAUCAUUGUUACAUUAAGAAAUGGCGUCAGCAGGGCAAGUCUAGACUCUUAGGCCCCCCUCCCCCAAUUUACCCCUCCCCGGUCCGACGUAUCGGGCCACGGAGCGGCACGUUGGAGAUGCCCACUCGUCAGGACGGCCCCCACACGGGCCCCUCACCCAAGUCCCCCGCCUGGGCGCCUGGGCGCUGGACCAGGAACCCGUAUGGGGGCCGCCCCAACCAGGAGGCACCCGGUCGAUCCGACACUAUGCGUUUAAACAGUGCACUCGAUCGACUUUCUCAGGAGUUGGGAUGGAAAAAAUUUACGUCCUAAUAUCUUCCCCCACCCAUCCCGGGAAAGCGUCGGACGCCCUAUAAGGGGGAUUCCACAGUGGGUUUCCACAACGCGACUAGUUCACAGGACAUCAUUAAAUAAUUCGAUCACGUGGUUUUCAUGUCGCCUUAUUAGAAAAGAUAAUUUACCAAGAAAAAUAAAUCCAUUGUACAGACAAUAAGGGAUACUUGAUUAGAAAUCUACACCUCCUACGUUCAAAUGGAAUAAAAUAUUCACAUAUUAUAGUUCUUAGUGCUCACUAUUAAUAUAAAAAAUAAUAAAUUAUAUGACGAUUAAAAAAGAGAAUGUUAUCACCAUAAACCUCUCUUAGCUUGGAUCAAGUAAUUCAUCGCAUUAUUUCUUAAUUAUCUUAUUAUAUCUCUGUUAUCUUAUAUUAUUGUAUCUGUAUUAAAUUUAUUUAAACUUGCGAGUAUUUCAGUACAAAGUAACAAUAGGUUGAUUUCUAGAACAAGCUAAGUCGCUAAGGAGUGUACACUUUCCAAUUACUUUGUCAGAUCGCCAAGUCCAACGCCAGGAGUGGACAGAGCAAACUGGGCCUCUACCUGUCAGACUACUGGAAUCGCCUGGACGCCGUCAGUUUGAUCUCUUUCCCCGUGGGGGUGCUGACCAAGCUGUGCCCCUGCACCAACUGCCUCGGGGCUGGCAGGGCGCUGCUCAGCCUCACCAUCAUCACGUUCUACAUGCGGAUGUUGCAGUUCUUCUACGUCUUCAAGGCCACCGGUCCGAUGAUGGUGAUGAUCUAUGAAAUGGUGGGUAAUUAAGGGUGGGUAACUAUGGUGGGAAAUUAUGGUGGGUAAUUAUGGUGGGUUAUUAUGGUGGGUAAUUUCUGUCUUUUCCUUCACCCGAUGGUGGGUAAUUUCUGUCUCUUCCUUCACCCGAUGGUGGGUAAUUUCUGUCUCUUCCUUCAUCCGAUGGUGGGUAAUUUCUGUCUUUUCCUUCACCCGAUGGUGGGUAAUUUCUGUCUCUUCCUUCAUCCGAUGGUGGGUAAUUUCUGUCUCUUCAUUCACCCAAGACUCCUAUUAAUAAUGUAGCAGCAGACAAUUUUCUGGAUAUAAUAUUAAGUCAACGUUGAACGAAGUGUUAGAAACAGUUAUGGGCGAUCCACACCUUCGGGCUCGUAAUUUAUAAAAGAAAAUAAUUUAGAGCACCUCGUUUGAAAAUCUUAUCAAGCUGGUCUAAUUUCAGACGCAUUUUAUUUUCCUAAGAGAAAUUUACGAGCACUCCUUGCAUUUUGGUCUUGAUACGUGCUCAUAAAGUAACAUCUUUUCACAGCAACGCUUGCUGUAUGACUCUCCGACUUACUUUUUCCUUAUAACUGAUAGUAUAGGCGUGCCCCCAUCAUCUUUCGUAGGGAUAUUUAGUGAACUACAUUGAGUGUCUGUGAUCUCUCCUAUUCCAGGUAUAUUUAAUGAAAAACAUUGAGUGUGUGCAUUCUGAUAUAAGUGUAUUAAGGGAAAUCCCUAGAGAAUCGGAGAAAAAAAAAGUGGGGGGGGGGGGGGGGGGGGGAGUGAAUGUAUUUUUUGUCCAACUUGUAUAACUUAUUAAUAACAGGCGCCAGCAAUCUAUUUCGUAGACCUUUUCCUUUCAUUUUUAUAGCAAACCUAAUAUAAUCGAAGAUUUAUCUCUGUUCUUAAUCCUUGACCUAUCUCCCUGCAACAAAAACAACCAAACAACAGCGACUCAACAACAACAACGGCAAAACAACAAUGACUCAACAACAGCGACACAACAACGGCACAACAACAAUGACUCAACAACAGCGACACAACAACAACAACGGCACAAACAAAAAUAUCACAACACCACAAAGGAAAAAAGGCUCUUGUUCUGCUCAAAUUAAAAGAUUAUGACUUUCCGAGUCCAUUCUUAAACCCAGAAGAACUGACGCGUUCAAACGCCUUCCCUGUCGUUGGCAGAUGAUCAAGGUGGGGUCAUGGCUGGCCAUCACCAUGGUGUUCAUCUGUUCCUAUGCCAUAGCCUCCGAGUCGGUGCUCCAUCCCAACUCGGAAAUCAACUGGAAGCUGCUCUACCAUUUCCCGCGGAAAGCUUACUGGCAACUGCACGGAGAACUGUUGCUGGAUGAGAUAGAGGGUAAGAGACUGGAUGAGAUGCAGGGUAAGAGACUGGAUGAGAUGGGAGGUAAGAGACUGGAUGAGAUGGAGGGUAAGAGACUGGAUGAAAUAGGUCGCAAGAGACUUCAUUAGGACUACGUUACUGGAUGAUAUAGAGGGUAAAAUGGGUCUGUGUGGACACUAAUGGGGUACACUUAGUCUACGUUUCCGGUACUGGAUGAGACUGCUUUAAGUCCACGUUAUUUUAAGUGGGUUCCUAUUAGUUGUUAUGUGUGGAUACAAAUAAUUUUACACAACAUUUCGUGUUUUUCCCCUUAUUAAUUUCCACAAUGAUUAGAACCGUUGAGCGUGUAUUGUUUCCACAGUAAAUGACAACAACAUUCGAGUAAAGUGAACAUUUUACUUUUUAAAUUUAUAAGUAUUUUGUUUGGUGUGAAUACUUAUAAUUGCCCACCAAUGACCAUGAUCCACGUAAUCUAAAAUUGUAAACGAUCGUCAAGAAAUGUUUAUCAGAUACGCAUUGAGCUAGAAUGUCUCCUCUAAAUAUACAUUUAAGGCAUGCAUGGUUGUGGAAAUGUGGCCUCAAAAUCAUAUUGGGGCCUGAAGGGUUGCAACAUGAAGAUCAUCUAGCAUGUUCAGUUACAUGUCAAUCAUUGUGAUUCUCAACCACUUGUAGCGGAAUCGGAUUUCGUUUCUGUCCCCAGGAGGCCAAGACUGCACCAAUCAGCCAGCCCUCUACAACAACUACACGCAGCCACGGUGCCCCUCGCCCCUUGGCCAGUAUUUCGUACCAGUUCUUCUUGGGAUCUACAUGCUGGCCACCAAUGUGCUCCUGGUCAAUCUCCUCAUUGCCAUUUUCAGGUCGGUUUUAAUCACAGGCGUUCAGGCUGUGUUGACAAUACUGCGGUACAAUGAGUCUGUUUGGACAAUACUAGGGUAAAAUGGAUCUGUUUGGACAAUACUGAGGUACAAUUAGUCUGUUUGGAAAAUAUUGUGGUACAGAUAAUCUGUUUGGACAAUACUGGGGUACAUACAAUAAGUUUGUUUUGAAGAUACUGGGGUAUAAUUAGUUUAUUUGGAAAAUACUGGGUACAAUUAGUCUGUUUGGACAAAACUGGGGUAUAUACAAUUAACCUGUAUAGGUAAUUCAGUGAUAAAAUUAAGCUGUUUCGGGAAUAUGAUGGUACAAUUAUAAAUUUAAUGAUGACCAAAAAAUAAGAAUCCAUGACCACUGUGAUUAUUUUGAUAACUGAUGUCUUUAGUCCUUUUAACCACCCUUCCUGACUCGCUCGCGGCACACACACACACUUGUUUUAAAUGUGAGUCAAAUGGAGAUGAUCUUUUCCGUGCUAAACGUCGGUUCUGACGUCACAUCUUUUUCUCUUUGUUUAGCAACACGGUCAACCGCAUCGACUCCAACAACAUGAAACACAUCAUGCACAGGCGAUUUAAACUUCUGUUGGAGUUCAAACAGAGUCCUUACUUCCCCCCGCCCCUGAAUGUCAUCUCCGCCUUGUAUUUCAUCGUCUGCUGGAGCAAAAGGAGGCUAAUACAACAGGUACCGCCCAUGCUGUGCAGUGGCGUCUGUCUUUUUGUGGGAUUCUAACUAUUUAAAAAAAAAAAAGAAUCUUGUAGUAAUAUUGCGAAUGUCCUAAUAAUGCUUUUAUUAUUCUACUAAUGUUUUCAUUAAAAAUAUAUGUAUAUAGAAUAAUUAGCAUAGGGCUGUAGCAUAGUAAUCAUGAUCCCUAUGUACACAGCCAUUGAGGAGGCUCGCCAUAGGCAACCGUUUCCUCCCAGCUACUUCGUGAACUAUUUACGAGGUGUAAACCCGUAGUAGAACACCGUGGCUCAAUAGUAAGGGACAUUUCGGACUUGACUUGAGCUUGGGGGGGGGGGGGGGGGGGGGGGGGGGGGGGGCUGCUUUGGAGAGGGCAUUAAAAUCUUUGACUCAACGGCUCUCUGAUGUGCAUAUUAAAAAUAAGACUAAGAAACAAAAUUUACCGUUAUAGUUAAAUGAAAUGUUAAAAUUAAAUCUCUUACGUCCUUAUAUGUAAAGGCUAUUAAUAGCCUUAAGUCCUUAUAUGUAAAGGCUAGUAAUAUUCUUAGCAACUACAUUUUUUAAAAAUGAUAUUUUUUUUAAACAUUUGAAUAGAUAUUGUGUUGAGGGCUGGUGUUCUGUAGGGGGAGGUGUUCUGUAGGGGGGUGGGUGUUGUGUUGAGGGCUGGUGUUCUGUAGGGAGAGGUGUUCUGUAGGGAGAGAUUUUGUGUUGAGGGGAGAGGUGUUGUGUUGAGGGCUGGUGUUCUGUAGGGACAGGUGUUCUGUUGGGAGAGGUGUUGUGUUGAGGGCUGGUGUUCUGUAGGGAGAUUUGGUUGAUUUAAAUAAGGCUACCCGCAGAUUUUUAUCAAUUUUAUUCUGUAGUUAGUCUAUAUUUAAAAUUAUCCCCACUAAUUGCUCUUGAUUUUUUUAACUUCAUUUUUCAGGACUUAGGUAAGUCUGUUAUUUUCUUGAUUUUUUUCUUAUGCACAGCACUUAGCCAAUGUAACGCCGCUUAAACGUAUUGGCCAAAAGUGAUAUAAACUUCAUAAAAGAAUUGUCCAAAAGUGUAGUUUAUUAUGUAAACUUCAAAAGAAUUGACCAAAGUGUAAUCUUUAAUAUAAACUUCAUAAAAUAAUUGGAAAAAAGUGUAGUCUAUAGUAUAAACUUCAUAAAAGUGUUGGUCAAAAAUGUAGUCUAUAUAAACUUCAUAAAAGUAUUGGCCAAAAGUAAAGUAUAUGUAAACUUCCUGUACACUUUUCUUUUUAAAAGAAAUAAUAAAAUCUUUCAAUUCAAGAUUAUAAUAAAACAUUCUUCUGAUUUUUGAGUAAUGAUUUUUUAAAUCUAAAACAACUUAAUCCUUUGAAAACUUAAAAAAAAUCUGUAUAAUCUUAUCACAUAUUAAAGAAGGUAGCAUUUUCAAGCUAAAGGUAGUUUAUGUAUAUUAUAGGAUAUCCAACAACAUAUCAAUAAAGUCUAGCAUGAAAGUUGAUAUUUAUAUCGUAGAUCAGAAAAGAGGCCCGGGUCCACAAUUUAAUGACAUGCAACUGAAACUCAACGUGUGGGAGAGGCAACAUGUGAAAUCAGCUUUGGGAAACUACGAGAACACGCCCCCUGAUGACAUGAGUGACAGGUGACAUUUGUAAAAAAAUAUAUCCCCCCCCCCCCCCACAAAGAUAAAAUUAUUAUAAGAUUGAAAUGGAAAUAGAACAAUUACCAGAGCCGUGGUCCUUGAAGACAGGAGUGAAAGCAGUUCAGCCAGAGUGUUAUGUAGUACACAUUUUCCCCGUGCUUGAACUUAGUUUCCCCCCACAUUAGAUUCAUAGCAGACCGUAGCGUCUGUUUUGGGCGUGGUUAAACUCUUUGAUGUAUCAUGUUUACUACCGACGACCAAUUAAACAGGGUUAGUCUGUCUCCUAGUUUCUUGUCGAAGGUUCUCGAUUUGCCGAGAAACGUAAACAAAUGCUGAAUAGCUUCUGGAAGGCAGGGCUUACGCUGCAUAUAUAAAGAGGUUGACAGACACGGAGAGAGAGAGAGAGAGGGAGAGAGAUUCAGAUAGAUAUAUUAUUAACCUUACGAGACAAUUGUAUUAUUCUUUGUGUGCUCAUAUGUGUUUAUUCGCAUUCAUCAUUAUUUAUUGGCACAUUGUACUAAUUGUGUACCGGUACACGAUUUUCCACAACUCUGCAAGUUGAUGAUUUGUAAUUAUAUUUCUUUUGUUUUGCAAUAGUAUUAUUACUAAAUAUAAAUCUUAUUAAUUGUAAUUGGUACUGUUUUGGGUGUCGUAUGUUAGUUAAUGUUUUUCUCUAUGGUAUCGUCCUUUUGUUAUGCACCGUUUUGAACGAGCCAUACAUUUAAACGAGGAGAUUAAUUUCUCCUAAUAGAAGGCAGUGCGUAACACAGAGUGAUAACCUUUAGUGCGGGAAAGUCUGUUCAAAAUGAAAGUUGAUUGGGCCAACGUCUCAAAUUAUGGUCACACAAAGUUUACAGUUAAUGUGACCCUGGAGGUUUUAAAAGUUGAAGUAUAUUGUGGGAAUUGAAAUAAAUAAUUGAUACUCAUUAAAAUUUAAUUAACAUUUAAAAUUAAAAAAAAAAAUUAGAUUUGAAAACUAUUGGUGAUUAACUUUUUUGUUUAAAAAAAAAAAAAAAGAAUCUUUUCUUAUUCACAUUUCAUGGCAGACAAAUAUUGAUCCUUGAGAGACUUGAUAGUUGCGUCCAACGUCUGACCAUUUGUGAAACUCAGAUCUUGAAUUUCAAACAGCAGGUUUGUCUUGUUAUUUUUUAAUACACAAUUUCGUUACCCCCCCCCCCCCCCCUACCCUUACCCCCCCCCACCAUUACUGGGGUAAAAAAUAACGUUAUCUUUUUGGAGGAGUAAUGGUGGGUGGGGGUAAGGGUAGGUGGGGGGGGGGGGUUAAGGGGAUAUGGUGGCUGGGGUGAGGGUUGGUGUGGUAUAAGGAUGGUUAAAAUUUGGUUGAACUUUAACUGUUAAUUAUGUUUGUUGUGAUUUCCCUUUAGACCAGCAACAAUCAACGGAUAAUUUGAUUUCAGGCAAUUUUAGUCUUGUAUCAGCAUAUUGAGGCAUACUAAGGCAUAUUUAGAGAUACAUAAUUUUUAAAGAAAAGUUUACUCUCAUGCACAUUGCAUAUCAAAUGGUGAUGGAAAGAGAUUUUUAGUUUUACCAUUAUAUUUUAUAAUCAUCUGGCUCUCGUAAUCUGUCUACUUCUUCCACAGUCUCUCCCUUGUCUUUCUUUAAAAAAACUUUCAUUUGCUUUGAAUACUUUAACUGGUUUAUAGUUGAAAAAGACUCUUAAAACGGGACGCAACUGCAUAUACUUCAUAUUCAUCGCUUUCCCAAAAGUUACCUCUCUUGUCAGUUGUGUGUUACAUUGCGGGCAAAAUUCUUAUGAUUGUUUGAAUUAAUUUUUGCUUUACAUUAUUAUUUUUUUUAUUUUAUAUGUUAUAUUUGUAAAAAAAAAAAAAAAAAAAAAAAAAAAAAAAAAAAAAAAAAAAAAAAAAAAAAAAAAAAAAAAAAAAAAAAAAAAAAAAAAAAAAAAAAAAAAAAAAAAAAAAGAAAUUUUGAAUUAAUUUUUGCUUUACAUUAUUAUUUUUUUUAUUUUAUAUGUUAUAUUUAUAAAAAAAAAAAAAAAAAAAAAAAAAAAACAACAACAACAAGAAAAAACAACAAAAAACAAAAACAAAAAACAAAAAAUAAACCAAGUGAAGAUUAAACUGGCAAAAAAUAUGCCUAUAAUCACGCCAGUGAGUGCAUCGAUUUGUCGAAAAGAUUAAUAUUUACUAAUAAUAUAUAUACAUAUAUAUAUAUAUAAUUUUUAAAAAAUCAUCUGUUUUCGUGGGCAACAGAUAAAAUCAUUAAAAGAUUUUAAGUUAUACUAGUUUCAGAAUAUGUUUUUAAUUAAUUUGAAUUACAUUGGUGGAAUAAAUAAUUAAUUUUGACAUUUCGAUGUGCAUUUCGAGUGCAUUCAUAAAAAUGUUUCUAAUAUUUCAGCAUCAGAGGGGUAUUCUUUUUUUUUUAAAUUUAUUUUUAAAAUAAAUAUUUUAUCCGAAUCCGCAGGACCUUUUACCGGAAACUGAACGCUGAAGAAUUGGUCCCAAGAAUAGGAGUUUGUUGAACCAUUGUGUGGAGGAUUGCAGUCACUCAUUUUUCUACUUAAUAAUAAAUAAACUCUUGCAUACACUCACCAAUAAAUGCUCCUCUAAACAAAGUGGUUGGAUGAGCUAUUAUUAAAUACGGGUCUUCAAAUCACGGCUUCCGAAGUCACGUGACAGAGCUGUCACGUCAUAAGCCUUAUUGUAAUGUUUAAUUUAAUGUCUGCAUUGUUAUAAUGUAAACACGUUUCAUCUCGACUACAUUUUACGUGUAACUCCACGGAGGUAUGUCGUCGUCAUGGGUCCCAGCAGAACUAGUAAAAAAGGCUGAGAUAAUGUUAAGACGCAGCAGAAUCACUGGGAUGAUUGUCUAGACUCUAGACGUAGUGUUUUAUGAUUUCGUACGUAACUGUUUCCUGCUACGCUGCAGGAGUAGGUAAUAGCAUUGUAUUAAAUUAUUUUCUACAACGCUACUAGCUCAAUUUAAUAAUCUAGCACAUGCCAUUUAUCACUUUAUUUCGUAGAACACUCAAUAAUAAGCGAUCAAUUUAUUUAUUUUGUUGGACACAUUUUAUUUGAUUUAUACAGCAAAUGUGUAGACUUGCUUUUAGGUAAAAGAUUCGGACCUGAAGAAAAAAGGUUUCAAAUAUUUAGGCCAGUGUUUCUCAAAAUCAUUGUACGUGGACCGGCGCCGGUCAGAGAGCCUCACGUUCCUGGACCGCACAACAUGAGUUUUUAUGGUCGGAUAAAAAUGAAAAUGUAAUGACUAAAUCUGGCACCGGUGCCAGGCUCUAUUUCAAAAUGUGUCCAACGGUCCACCAAACUUAAAAGAAAACGCUGGCUUUGACCGUUCGGAUGAGCUCUCUAGGCAUACAACAGAAACCCACCCACUAUUAAAUUUAGCUUUGAUCAACAUCACAUGAGAAGCACGAAGAACGGCAUAAAAUUUUUAAAUGGAAGGGAGGAAUUCUCAAAAUUCGACGUUUAUAAUAUGCACAAAAUGUAUGAGAACCCUAGUUGAGUUUUACAACUGUAUGUGAUGUAACACAAAAGUAAUUAAAACGAUGACUUCUU